AUGCAUUUUUUGACAGAAGAUGGUGAUUUACAGACGUCAAUCGACGCUUUCCAAGUCUUCCUUGCUAAUGCGACUAUCACAUACGAUGGACCCUUUAUGCUGAACGAAUAUGGAAAUAUUGACCACCAAGUUCCCUCCGGUUCGGCGUGGAAUAUAGCACAGAUUGAACGUGCCAACGCCCUCGGUCUACGUUCAAACUGGCGAGGAGAAUAUGAAUUACACGAUUACCUCGCGAACAUAAUUGGGAAAGCCGACACUUAUCCGAAUUACGAAAUUUCCGAUACUAACUACUGGCCAUGUCGAGAAUAUCAAGCCUAUCAAUAUUACACCUUGAACAUGACCGGCUAUCGGGUUCGCUCAGAAAUGACAGAAGACACCCUCGGGGACACAUAUGCUGUUGUGGGCAGCGACAGGGUGAGAGUUCUGGCUGGUGUACGCCCAACUACUGGUACAUGGGGCAUUGUCCUGUCCGGGUUGAGCGCUGUUGGACUGCCACCGAGCGGAGAUCUUCCCAUUCGUACCCUGAGAUUUGAGACUGGAGAUUUGUAUACUGAAGUUGAUGCACCGACGGAUUUGGGAUACUAUACGCAUUCCUAUACAGAUGACACCCUUUACUUUGUUAUCGGGCAGGAUGAUCCAAGUGUCGCGUAUGCUUUCGAACUUGGGAUCUGA